AUAUGUGAACACGCGCCAUAUCCAACAUGUGGUUUCUUAUAAGCAUAUGUAGUGCAAUUGUUUGUGGUGUUUUAAGUCAAUCUAGUAAUAUUUAUUUACCCAAAGUUAAUAUUUCUCAAGGAACUGUCGUUGGGUCCAUAUCUGAUGACGAUACUUAUUUUGAAUUUUAUGGUAUCCCAUAUGCUGAUUCGACGGCUGGUAGCAACAGAUUUAAGGCACCAUCAACACCGCCUUUGUUUGAAGACGAGUUCAUAGCUAAUCGAAAAGAUAUAAAAUGUGUCAAAGCUUCAGGAGUGGGUUACGAAGGUACCGAAGACUGUUUGACGAUAAACGUUUUUACUCCGACACUCAAUAAUUCUAGACAAUUAUCUGUAAUGGUUUGGAUAAAAGGCAAAGAAUUCGAUAAUGCUAUUGAUGCAGAACUAUCAUUCAAAAAGUUCUUGGAAAAAGAAGUUAUAAUUGUAAAUAUAAACUACAGAGAGUCAAUCUUAGGAUUCUUAUGCCUUGGAACUGAAAGUGCUCCCGGAAACGCUGGUCUAAAAGAUAUAAUAGCAGGAUUAAAAUGGAUUCAAAAUAAUAUUGCUGCUUUUGGUGGAAAUCCUGAUAAUGUUAGUUUAUUUGGGCAUGGUAGUGGUGCAGCUGCAGUAGAUUUAAUUACUCUAACCCAAUCAGCGGAAGGUCUUGUUCAUAAGGCAAUUUCACAAAGUGGAACAGCUUUGGCUCCAUGGGCUGUAACUCGUAACAAUUUGCGAUAUGCUAUAAUUGUUGCUGAAGCUCUUGGUCACAAAAUAGAUGAUUUAGACACAUUAUCUGAUGUGUUUUCAAGAACUAGUGUAGCUGCAUUAAUGGCUGUUAUAAAUGAACUUGAUCUUACAGAUAAUUCACUAGCAUUCGCCCCAUGUGUCGAAAGAAGUAUAGAUAAUAUUGAACCAUUACUAUUAAAGUCACCUUACCAAACAAUUAUGGAAGGUGAACAAUUGCAAAUACCUUUCAUGACUGGUUUUGUGGAUAUCGAAGGAUCACUAAGAGCGGAAAAAGUUGUAAAAAGUGAUUGGCUAGAGAGAAUGAAAACAUCUUUCAUAGAUUUUAUUCAACCAGAUUUAGAUUUCUUAUCAGAAGAGCAAGAGCUAGAAAUAGCACAAGAAAUUCAAGACUUUUACUUCAGUAAUGACACAAGCGACGCUGAUAGUGUUAGUGAUUUCUUAACGUAUCAAGGUGAUACGAUGAUACUAAUAUCUGCUAUUAGAGAAGCUCGUAUGCGAACAGCUUCUUCAAACUCGUCAGUAUAUCUUUAUCAGUUUUCUUAUAAAGGCGAUUUAAGUGAAGCACUUGAUAGGCCAUUGCCAAUCGAUGCUGCAGGACAUGGAGAAGAAUUAAUUUAUUUGUUCAACAAAAAAAAUGAUACUGGUAUUAGUUCUCAUGAUCAGGCUAUCGGCGAAAUUUUAAUAGAACGCUGGACUAACUUUGCUAAACAUAGUAUCCCGACAAGUGAAACAUCUCAAGUGACGUGGAAUCCUUAUACCUUUACUAGAAGCAAUUACUUGCGUGUGCUGGACGAAACAGAAAUAAAUGAAAAUUCUACUUUUGAGGUGGAAUUAAUAACGCCUCAUCCUACCACUUUGGCUUUUUGGGACUCUUUAUACGCCCAGCAUUUUAUUGAUGCGAAAAGUAUAUGGAAUCUUAACGAUAGAGCUGAAGAUGACGAUACUGGAGGUGAAGGAGACGAUGGAAAUGAUAACGGCGAUGACGACAAUAACACAGGAGGUGAAGGAGACGAUGGAAAUGAUAACGGUGAUGACGAAAAUAACAUAGGAGGUGAAGAUGAUAACAAUGUGGACGAUGAAAAUAAACCUGAUGACAGUGUUCCCGACUCAGCAUCUACGACUGUAGGAUACACGUUUGCGAUUCUAAUGCUAUUUGCAAUAUUAGAGAAGUUUCACACCAUGCAAAUACUGUCAUAAUAACUUACUCGGUAGAUUAUGUAGCUACUGUAUAAGUUAUAUGUAAGUUAAAAUAAACGAGCUUAAUUGGAUUUUGCUGAGAAAUCUAACUUAAGUAAAUUAUUGU